UUUCAACCUUACUAGAAAAUCACAAGGACCCUCAAAAAGGGACAAAAAGCACCUUUGUAGCUCUAAAAUUAUCACCACUGUCAUCUUCUUCCUGGUGCUUUUGAUAACUACACUGGCCACAAUUUUAGCAGUUGAAAAACAUAGAUAUUCUACUGAACCUAUGCCAUGCUCGAAUGGCUGGAUUGGUUACCUGGGAAAGUGCUUCUAUUUUUCUGAAAGUACAAGAACCUGGGCAGCAAGCCAGAACUUCUGUGCCUCUCAUUUAGCCACUCUUGCUGUCUUCAACACCAUAGAAGAACUGGAUUUCCUGAAAAGAUAUUCUGACCAUUCUCAGUAUUGGAUUGGACUGAGUCGAGAACCAGGACAGACGUGGAAGUGGAUAGAUGGAAUCAUAUACAGUGGCUGGUUUAAAAUAAUUGGAAUUGGAGAAUGUGCCUACUUACACAGAAUUGGGAUUAGUAGUGCCAGUACGCACUUGGUUAGGAAAUGGAUUUGCAGCAAACCAGACACAUGUAUACCCAGAAGUUAAGACAUCAUAGUUCUAAGAUAUCUUACACAAAAUGUAGUUUUUAUUCCUCUUAAGAUACAUAUAUUGUAUUAAUAUAAAGUACAUGAAAUUCAUGUUUAGAAAUUUUCAUUGGUGCUUUUUAUUCCCAAAUCUCUAAACCACUUUUAUAGAUCUACUAAAUACUUAGUAUUCAAGAAAUAUAUGCCCAAUAUAUGUCCCCAAACCUCCUAUGGAGUAAAAUUUCUGAUACAUUAAAAUAUAAAUGAAAAAUUUAAAUGAUAUUUUAAGAUAUUUACUCAUAUGAAUUCAGACUAAGAUCAUUUAAAGUUACUUUUUUUUCAAGAACUCUAAUAAUAUU